AUGGCGAACCCGAGAAAGGCUGCGCAGAUCGUUGGUUACCACUUUAUCGUGGGCCGUAGAGCGUUCAAGGAGAUGCUGAGUUACAAGACCGGCACUGAGAUGGUGACUUUAAACUAUCAAAUGAAGAUACUGAAUGUACGUGCGCCUUUGGGAGUGGUGCGUUUGGGGGCGUCAAUUGGAGCUAAAUACACGGGAAAGAUUGUGAGGAAAAACCUCUUUGCUGGGAAGAUCAAUAUAGUGCAUGGCGUGGACACUGUGAUUCGCCCUCCGUGGUACCAGGGAGUCAAGUGGGGAGAGUAA